AUGAUCCCCAAUCAUGGAUUGAAGAUGGAAGAGAGAGCUGAUCCUGCAGACCGGGAGAGAUACCAACGGUUAGUAGGGAAACUCAUCUACCUCUCACAUACUAGGCCGGACAUAACAUAUGCGGUUGGCAUUAUCAGCCAGUUCAUGCACAGACCUCAAGUCGACCAUAUGGAUGCUGCGUUGAGAAUUGUGAGAUACCUAAAGGGAACUAUCGGCUAUGGAGUGUUCCUAGCUAAAAGAGAGGAUCUAGAAAUCGAUGGAUAUACGGAUGCUGACUGGGCAAGCAAUCCGAUUGACAGAAAGUCCACUGGGGGAUACUUCACCUUCAUAGGAGGGAACUUAGUCACUUGGAGAAGUAAGAAGUAA